AAAAAAAAACAACCAACUCCAUCUUCCAACUGCUCCUUGCGCAUUUGAAAUAGAAUAAAUAAAAACUCCCCGCUCUCUGCUCCACCAUCUUCUUCCACUUCACUAGCAAGCUCAUUAAAACCCACCAUGCAGACCUUCUCCUCACAUGUAGUCUCAAUCCAAUCAACAAUGGCUUCCCUCCUCCCCACCUCUUCUCUCGUCCUCCUCCUUCUCAUCCAAAUAUCAAUGUCCGAAUCACCCACAGGGACCAUCGAGCGGACCAUCAAGCAACAAAUUCUCGCCACCAUCCUUCCCGGCCAGUCUCCAUCCUCCGAAAUCUUUCUAACCUCUCGUUGCGGUAAAUACGCGGCCCACUUCCUCCGCCUUGCGACGACUGCGCCCACAGCCGGAGGCUACGGCAACGACUUCUGCUUCAUCCAAGUGGAAGACACCAACUCUGGCGAUAGCGUGUGGGAGUCGGAAUGCGCCCCUGUCAGGACUUCCAACACUUGCACGCUCCUCUUCGACGAUAAUGGGCUCCAGGUGCUCGACGGGAGCCGAGAAGCUUGGAGUGCGGAGGUAAAUGCCUUCCAUCCCAAUACGCUACAACUCGUCGAUCUCGGAGACAUGAUAAUUAUUGAUAAGGAUGGAGAAGUUGCUUGGAAGGGAAGCGAUAUGCCCAGAAGCAAUCAAAGUUGCGGCUUUCCUGGUUCGCCGCCGUUGUCAGCACAGAUUGGGCUGAGCGGAUCACUGCCGUUCGGGCUGCAGCCAGCGGCGGAUACUUCGUCCAAGGAAGAGUCGGAGGUUAUUGAAGAUAGCAGUUUGGCACCCGGACAGCUUCCGGUUGUGCCUACUGCAGCAGGGCCAAUAAGCGGCAAUGGCAAUGGCGACAGUGAACCUUCAUCAUAUAGAAAGCCAGCAGAGGCGACGUUUGAUAGCCGGAGGCCGGCAGAGAUUGGACUUGGAUUCAGCGGGCUGCCAUUGAUGGACAACACGCCUUAUGACAGUGGAAGUUUGAGGGGAUUGGAGAUCUCUUCAUCAGUGGGAAUUAUCUUCUCAGCUGUGUUGGGUGCAUUGGCUGGAUUUUAAUUAUGUUAAAAAUGUGUCAUCUCGCUAGAUUUAUGAGUGGAUUGUUACCAGUUGUGUUAUCAAAUGCUGUUGUAAUGUCACUUUAAUACUAUCAUUGCUUAUAAAUUAUAAAAUGGUUUACAUAUAAUUUAUUUAGG